AUGGGUUCUCUGGAUUCCUUGGCAUCUGCCCAGCUCCAGCUGGAAAGGGCAGGACACGACUCGAAACCUACAAAAUCUAAUACUGAUUCCGGUUCAAGAUCUUAUAGUCUAGUGGGUGGUACCGCUGGUACACAUGUUGAUGAUAGUAUCAUAGGUGACCCAUUUAUAGCUGGACUGUUCUCGACGAAAAAGCCAAGAGAUGCAGGGGCUGGUUUGGCUUCAGGAGUGAAAAGUGUUAGUAAAGGUGUGGCUAUAGGUGCUGCGAGCUUAGUAGUGUGCCCGGUUGUAGGGGUGAGUCAAGAUGGGUUAACCGGGUUCUUCAAGGGAGUUGGUACGGGUGUCCUUGCCGCUAUAACACUACCUUUAACUGGUUUAGGUGUUGCAGGAUAUCAAAUAUCUAGGGGUAUUAUUAACACUCCAAGGGCUAUAUGUCAAAAGGCCGUUGGGAAAAAAUGGAAUAAGGAGACUGGCCAAUGGACAGACAACUGGUAUAGUCUAGAUGAGGAAGCUAAUAAAGUAUUUUCCACAGUUUCUAGCUUUUCCUCAGAUGAAAAGGAUUCAACUCGUAACAAAACUGGAGAAAGUAUGUUUUUUUCUAUUAAUAAUGUUGCUUCAGAUGGGUUCUCUAAUAUCCCAGUUUACGAUUCGACAAAAAGUGUAAGCGUAGUUGUAGAAACAGAGUUUUAUGAAAUUUUGGAUGUGCCAACCAAUGCCUCUCAGGAAGCAAUCAGGCGUAGUUAUUAUAGAUUGGCAAAGAAAUAUCACCCUGAUAAAAAUUCUGACGAGGGAUCGAAAGAAAUGUUUCAGAGGCUGGGAGAAGCAUAUCAAGUUUUGGGUGAUGAGGAAAGGAGAAAGAAAUACGAUCUGUAUGGAAAGUCAGCAUGUAGUGAUAUGCCCAUAUUAGACAGCUCUCUAUUUUUCAUGAUGUUAUUUGGCUCUGACGCGUUUGAGCCAUAUAUAGGCAAAUUGAGAAUGGCGUUGUUCUUAGAAUUGGAACUUAAUGAUGCCCUUACACCUACAGCUCAUGACUUUGAGAAACUACAAACCGCUCGCGAGGUAAAAAUCGCGCUAGAGCUUAGGGAAAUAACGAGACCAUUUGUAUGUGGCGACGUCAUCAACUGGAAAGAAACUGUCUAUGAGAAGGCUAAGGCAUUAUGCAAAAACUCCUUCAGCGUAGAAAUUACAAAAACUAUAGGAUGGACUUACCAAAACUAUGCAAAGCAGUACCUUGGAAAAAAGAAUACAUUCCUGGGUAUAGCCGGGAAAUUCGCAAAAACCAAGGAAAAGGUUAGAUCAAUGGAAAAGAGCCUUAGAACAUUUGGUUCCAUUAUGAGAACGGCCAUAGCCGAAAGGAGUCUAAGAAAAGGAAAGUCACUAGGAGACGAACACCUGCUGCAAGAAGCUGAUUUAGAUAACGUAUGCGACGAAAAUAUCCCAAUUAUCCUCGAUGCAAUGCUAAACAUCUGCCUUAUGGACGUGCAGAACACAGUGCGAGCCGCUUGUAAAAGGCUCCUAAAAGACAUGUCUGUGGAUGCGACAUGGAGACAGAGGAGAGCAGAAGCACUUAUUGAAAUGGGAGCAAUAUUUACGGAAGUUGCCAAACUCGAAAAAUACUCCAUAAAGGUGAACGGCCCUUCCGGCCCGGUAGAUCACUUUUUUUCACGAGUAGAUGAAAAGAGAAAAUGCAAAAACACCCACUAUAGCGAUGAUGCCUUCUUCUAA